CUAGUCCGUGUUUUUAUUAUAGAGAAUCAGGAGCAGCUCUGCUGCAGAAGUCUUCUGCUGCUGCUAGUAUCCACUUUCAAUAUGCAUCUCUAAAUCACUUUGACAACCACCCCAAGAUACACCACCAUGAGGGCUAUCUAACAAUGUUGUCCUCAGAAAAGAUCAUAUGUGAGAAUAUGGAGUCUGGAAGCUCCUCUCCCAGGAAAUCAUCGGGGUUGAAACUGUAUCAAUGCUGGGAGUGUGGACAGAGUUUUAAAGAAAGGCGUGCCUUUAAAACACACCAGCGCAUUCACACUGGAGAGAAACCGUAUCGGUGCUCAGAGUGUGGACAGGGUUUUAGAGAAAGUCGCGUCCUUAAAUCACACAAGCUCAUUCACACAGGAGAGAAACCAUUUCAAUGCCCAGAUUGUGGACAGAGUUUUAGAGAGAGAAUUACCCUCAUAACACACCAGCGCAUUCACACAGGAGAUAAACCGUAUCAGUGCUCAGACUGCAAAAAGAGUUUUACUACACAAAGUAAUCUCCUAAAACACCAACUCCUUCACACAGGUGUGAAACCUCAUUACUGCUCAGAUUGUGGGAAGACUUUUACUUCACCGAGUGAUCUCCAGAAUCACCAACGUGUUCACACUGGACUGAAACCGUAUUACUGCUCAGAAUGUGGGAAGAGUUUCAGAGUGAGUGGUGACCUCAAAAAACACCAGCGCAUUCACACUGGAGAGAAACCGUAUCAGUGCUCGGAAUGUGGACAGAAUUUUAGAGAGAAAGGUUCCCUCAGAGCACAUCAGCGCAUUCACACAGGAGAAAAACCGUAUCAGUGCUCAGAGUGCAGGAAGAGCUUUAGGACUUGCAGUGCCCUCAGAGUACACCAGCGCAUUCACACAGGAGAAAAGCCAUAUCAGUGCUCAGAGUGCGGCAAGAGUUUUAGAGAGAAUGGGGCCCUCAAAACACACCAGCGCAUUCACUCAAGAGAGAAACCUUAUAAAUGCUCAGAGUGCGGGAAGAACUUCCAACAUUCAAAUGUCAAGACACACAAAUGCAUUGAGAGGGAGAUAAAAACUUAAAUGUGUUUUUUUGUUUUGUUUUGUUAUGAAUUUAAAACUAUUUCAGGACUGCAGUUUUCAAGAUGAUGAAAUAGUGCUGGCCAGUUUCACUGUAUAUCACUGUAUUUUUAUUAUCAUUUUUAUAAUAAACACUUAAGCUUUAAAUUAAGGCUUUGAUUACUAUUGGGUUUACUUUGUCCCACAAAAUUACCAAAUAUAUUAAGGAAUCAGACCUUAUUAACAGAAAAACAGCUUAAGAAUUUAAACAAUAAACCUUAAUAGGCCAACAACUUUAACACGUCUUCCUUUACAAAGUGAAAUAUUUUAAAUUGUUCCAUAAACACUAUAAAUACUAUAAAACCUAAAAUACUCAAUGUUUAAGUAUUUAAAACAGAUAAUUCUUAAAAGCUCUAUUGGACAAGACACAAGUUUAAUAUCAAUUCACAAUAUGUUAUUCCUAAAGCCAUUAGAGGCAUUAUGGUAGCUACUAAAAUCGGACACAAUUCCCUUAUUUCUCCAAUUAACAAAUACAUUAAAUUCACUGUGCAUUAAAAUUUUCGUUUAAGCUACAGUAUUAAUAUAUUUAAAAGGGUCUCUUUUCUGAGUAAAUAAUUGAUGUUAGCUGUUGUUUUUCUAUUUUACUUGGAUAAAAACACAAAGUAAUAUUCUCAUUGAUCUCCAGGCAGAGCUAAGCUACCAUCUUUCCAGUAUGUUCUCUUGUUAUGCUAACUGGCUAGCGAUCUGUGCCAGUGUGCUUCAUUGGCGGUGCUGUUCUACACAGCGCUCCGCAGCGCCUCUAGUGGUAUUGCGGUAUGUGAAAACUACAUUUCGGAUGAAAUGGUAUACCAGCUAUCACUAUAAUGAAAUAUUGUUAAUAGUAAGUCUAAAACAUGAAAAUGUGUCAAAAUAUUUGAAUCACUAUGAUAUUACAGUUAAAGAAAAAAUGGACAUGAUGUUAUGUAUAGUGGCAUUACCUGAUGAGUUGGAUAGCAUUGGACCAUCAUUCCAAAGUAAUUGGAAAAUGCAUUGUUAAAAUUUUAUUUCGCUUUUGGUCUGCCCGAAUGUAUUUUAGCUUCUAAUGUAAAAUGUAACAUCUUUGCCCAAAUGCUACAUAUAAUGACUGUGUAAAAAUCCCAAAGAACAUUUUAACCAAACUUUACAAUCUGUGUUAGGCACAUAGACUGGUCACUGAUAUGAGUAUGCUUAUGUACAGUACUGUAUGUUUACUGUAAUUCAGUAUAAGAGUCUCUCAGGAUCUGGUGGGAUGAGUGAUUGUAUAAAAUGCUAAAGGGCCAAUAAAGGCAUUUAAUUGUAGAGACGUUGUAGAAAAGUUUUUUUUUAAUUAUCCACAAGAUGGCAGUGUGUGACAGUAACAGCUACUAAAAAGUGGCAGCAUAAUUUUUUUUUUAACACACUCUGCUGCAUCCCAAAGUGCACACAUCUACACUUGUGCUAACCAAAGUGCCCUUCUAUUCUAUAUUAAGACAAAUUGUCACGAUAUUUAAGUGUUUUAUUAUAGAUGUCAUGAUGUCAUAAUUUAUAAAAAUAAAGGUUUAUAAAUAAACUAAACAUAACACUAUACACAGAAAUGCUUUUAUUUUAAGUUUUGUUUUUCUCUCAGGCCAACCACUGACUUGUCCUUUUGACAGUAAUUUGACUGUCACUGGACUACAUGUUAGUGUGACACUCAGUUUAUGUCAUUGUCUCUUUUUGUUUGCUAAUUAUCAAUGAAAAAGGAUGCACCUUUAUAUGUUUCUGCUUUGGAAAUACGUAAUAAAGUGCAAUAAUGUAUGUACACUGUAUAUAU